AUGGGUUCAAUCGGUCCUUCCAAGGCGGAGCAUCAUCGUGUCAUUAUUGUUGGUGCAGGCCCCGUUGGCCUAACCACUGCCACCAAUCUAGCAAGGCUCGGAGUCCCUGUAUUGGUUCUCGAGAGGAAUCAUCAAGUCGAUCAAUCUCCUCGUGCAGCAUCAUAUCAACCAUGUGCGCAAGCAGAACUGCUUGAAACGGGCACCCUAGACGACGUCAGAAAGGAGUCUGUCAUCAACGACGUGAUUUCAUUUUGGAUCAAAGGCAAAAAGGUCGCCCAUGUGGAAAAGAGAGAAGGAGGAAGCCUCUUCCCUUCUGGAAUCAAUUGUCCUCAGCCAAGACUCGCAGACAUUCUCCUCCGCCACCUCACAACAAAAUAUAACUCGGAAGUGCGAUUCAACCAGAAAGUCACCGAGAUCUCUCAGGACGAGAAGCAAAGUCUGGUAUCUCUGACCGCCAUAGAUCCUACCACUAACCAAGAAACUCAUUAUACUUGCGACUGGCUGGUAGGAGCAGAUGGGGCUGGCUCUAGCGUUCGCAAACUGUCCAACAUCCCCUUCGAAGGCUUCUCCUGGCCUAAAGAAGACUUUGUGGCCACCAACGUGCGGUUUGACUUUUUUAAACAUGGGUUUAACACGGCAAACCUGAUCAUGGACCCAGUGCACUGGGCCGUGGUCACCAUUCUUGACGAUACCGGACUUUGGCGGGUAGCGUUUGGCGUUAGAGCAGGGUUGACGAAUGAAGAAAUACGCGCCGAGCUUGAUGAGCAUUAUAAACAUAUCUUCCCCGUGUGGCCGGUGGACUACGAGUUGGUGCAGUUGAACAAGUACAAGCCGCAUCAGAGAUGUGCGCAGACAUUCAGACUGGGACGCAUAAUGUUGGCCGGUGAUGCUGCUCAUAGUAACAACCCCAUUGGAGGCCUGGGCUUGACGACGGGCCUCCUAGACGCUGGCCCUCUAGGUCGCGCUCUCGCCGCUGUCAUCAAUGGGAAAGCUCCCGAGUCACUACUUGAUACGUGGGCCAAAGCCCGUCGGGAGAAGUGGUUGAACUUCACAAACGAAUUUUCCAUCGAAAAUAAGCGCGUGUGUCAACUUGGAGGGUACAGCGACGAUCCACUCGGGAUCUGGAAGAUCGAUGACGUGGCCCGGGAGCACAAGAUGGAGCAAUGGCUCGCGAUGGCCACGCCGGAGAAGAAGGAAGCGGAUGCGCGGAUGUACAAGGCCCUGGAGGAUCCACAGGCGCAGCUGAUCAGUCGGAUGAAGCAGUGGGAGAUCACGAUGGAUCCGAUGUGGAUGGCCCAGUAUGAGGAUCCGGAGCUGGUCAAGUAUCGCAUUUCAUUGAGGCCGGCAGUGCUUUCGACGCCGGAGGCUGCGACGUGA